UCGCUAGAUGGAAGUGCACAGGAGUUUCGGGCGCUACCACUUCCGGAAGGGAGGGGUUUCUAUCACCUGUAGCCUCCCUGCUGCACUUCUCCCUGACCAGGAAGUGGCGCCUCCUUCUGCUUUCACAUGCAGCUUCUGCUUUUCUGCUGCUUGUCGCAGUCAGUGUUUUCACUGAAGGUGCGCACGUCCUUCCAGUAUGACUGACAGGAGGAACUACUAGAGGCCCUGCCGAGUCACCUGGCCAGGACACAAUAUGAGGAUGCGGUUAUUACAUUCCAUUUCCAUCCUGAUAUCAUAACCCAUUGUGUGGCACGUGGACAUGAACCCGCACCCUCGACGAAUUCGUCUUAAGCCAUGGUUGGUGGCACAGGUGGAUAGUGGAAAAUACCCAGGGUUACAUUGGGAAGAUCAGGACCACAAGCUGUUCCGUAUCCCCUGGCGUCAUGCGACUCGCCACAUACCAACACACGAUGAUGAAAACACCAUAUUUAAGGCCUGGGCCGUGGAAACUGGAAAAUACCAAGAGGGUAAGGAUGAGCCAGACCCUGCAAAAUGGAAGGCAAAUCUGCGCUGUGCUCUGAACAAAAGCAGAGAAUUCAAACUUCUGUAUGAUGGCACCAAAGAAACUCCCAUGCAACCGUUCAAGAUCUACCAGCUAUGUGAUCUCCCAGGACAAAGUGAAGAGCCCUUGGCGGAUGACAAUGGAUGUGAUGAAGAGGAAGAGAUUGACCGCAUAUUCCCAAUGCUGGACAUUGGUGAUCCACUGCCGCCUUACAUCUGGCCUAAAUCUGAGCCCACUUUUAGUCCAUGUGGAAACCUCUUACAGCAUAACCUGACCUCAACAGAAGCUGCUGUAAAACCAACUGCCCCCGGAGGGUACCCUGGUGUGGAAUUAUCUCCCCAAGGCAUGGUGCCACAACCAGUAGUUCUUCCCCCUCCAGAACUAGUUCUUGCAGAGAGUAUGGAACCAGCCCAAGAUCCUGCACUUCCUAUACAAGGCGUGAUGACAGCCCCCAUUGAACAAGGCAUACCUGAGUUGCUUAUUAGUCCACAAAUGCUGCCAUUGACUGACUUGGAAAUAAAGUUCCUAUACAGAGGGAAGCAAGCAGGAGCGAUGACUGUUAGUAACCCGCAUGGCUGCCGCCUUUUUUACAGUAACCUUGAGCCAACACCAGAGCAGGUGGAACUGUUUGGUCCUACUACUCUGGAGCAAGUUCGGUUUCCUGGAACGGAUGAAAUUAGCAACGAGAAACAGAAGUUCUACACUAACCAUCUUCUGGAUGUUAUGGACCGAGGGCUUAUCCUUACCCUGCAAGGGCAGGAUAUCUAUGCCAUCCGUUUGUGCCAGUGCAAAGUGUUCUGGUCUGGACCAUGUGCAAACAACCUAGGUGGACCCAACCCUAUAGAAAGAGAGAAAAGAAUCAAAGUUUUCAGCCUAGAGACCUUUUUAAAUGAGCUCAUUGCGUGCCAGAAAGGACAGACCAAUGCACUGCCUCCAUAUGAGAUAUUUUUCUGCUUUGGGGAGGAAUGGCCAGAUCGAAAACCUAAGGAGAAAAAGCUCAUCACUGUGCAGGUUAUUCCUGUAGCUGCCCGUUUACUAUCUGAAAUCUUCACAGGAGAAUCCUCCUGGUCAGCAGAUAGUAUAAAGCUCCAGAUCUCACACCCAGACCUUAAGGAUAAGAUGGUGGAGCAAUUUAAGGAACUUCACCAGCUGUGGCAAAGCCAGCAGGCCCAAGCUAUGGGCCCAGAUGGAGGAGGAGCGCAUGCCGGAGUAAAUGUAGGCCCUGGACCCUGGCCUAUGCAUACAUGAAACAUGCAGUAACACCCUGGGCCCUGGCCUAUGCAUACAUGAAACAUGCGGUAACAAGACAUGUGUUGGUGAAUGUGGUUUGUGAACCUGUAUUUGGCUCAGCUACGGAGAAUACUGUUACUGAGCCAGAGCAUUCCAGUGAAAUACUCUUCAUCUACCAUAGAAGAAAAAAGAGCUGAGAGGUUUAUGUGCUCAAGUCAUGUAGUUGCCUGGGAUGGUAAAAGAGAAUGAUCUAAACUUGCUUCCAUUGCAGAACAUCUCAGGAAUAGUGUCUCCUAAUUCUAUGAGGGAAAGAUUGUUCGUGAAUUUCUCUAGCGCAACCAACCAGUGCUCGCGGUUUGUUAUCCAUCCUCCAUGAUGUUUAUGAAGAAAUGGAAGCAGUGAUCUACUUCACCCUGAUGGCAAAAUAUUGUAAUUUAGUACUAUGCAUAUUAGUGGUCAUACUUCGUGCUCCAUUCUAAAAUCAGUGGAAAAUAGAAGAGGAACAGAAUAUAUUUGGAUAUAAUUUCCAGUUCUGCUUCUUGCCUGCUGCCUUCUGCGGAGAACGUUCUACACAGCUAAAGGACAUUUAUCAAGUUACUGCAGAGAAACUAGGAGUUUUCUAUUUUUUUUAACAGUAAGAAUCCACACUUAAGGUACAAUAAUAAGCAAUUUAGAAUAAAGAUGAUCCAUCAUGUGGAUGCAAGCAAAAUGAAGGGGUUGCCAGGAGAAAACGUAGACACUCUUAUCCAUGAGCUUUUCUGGUGUUGCAGUUCAACCCCAUUCACUUGCGUGUUGGUUACCGAUCACAGCUCAGGGGAAAUUGUGCUCGCUUGAAUUCCACAACCCCAUCUCACACUGGGGGAACAAGACCACCACUGAUCUAAAAUGAAUUGCCUAUCCUAAGGAUAGGCCAUCAGUCCCAUAUUACUGCUUUAAUGAUUUUAUCAUGCAUUGUUUUAAGAGAAUAUGCUCAAUUGCAAAAAUCUGCACAGAACUCCCAAUUUUUUUAUUUUUAUAAUCAGUUACUGCACCUGAUUUUAACAUUUACACUUUGGACCUGCAUUUUAUAUUUCUUUUAAAUAAGAUUCUCCUGAUGCUAGAGCUACACAUAGAGUGCCAAUAUGCAUCUAUGGAUGAGUACUUGGUGGAGACCAUUGUUAAAACGGCUUUGUGCAGUCAAGCUCUUGACUGUGUCUUCUGUACACUUUAUAUGCAAAAAUAAAAUAAAAUGUGCAAAGAUGUAACCAUU